AUGAAUAAUAAUAUCUACUUCCCUUUUCUCUAUACAGUUCCUUCUGCCCCCCUGAAUUUCAAGAUCACCGAGCGCCAGCAAACUCAACUUUCAAUGAAUUGGUCCCGACCUGAGUCGAUUCUCGGAACCUUCGUUGGGUACACCCUAGAGGCGACCAUUCUCACUUAUCCCGAUGAGCCUCCAGACUUCGAGCAAACUAAAAAAAUCCUGAGGCUGGACUUCGACACGGUUCAGUACCAACUGAUGGAUCUGGAGCCUUACAGUCGAAUUUUGCUCAAUUUGUAUGCCCUCAAUGCCAACUCGCUUGGCUUUUCAGUGGGCCAAGGAACUCCUGCGACGAUUAUUGUAAGGACUUUGCCAGGAGGUAACUUUUAA